UCGCUCUCGUGUCCGCAGCGAAAGGGAAAAUGUCGGCGCGCUGUCGGUGCGCCCGUCGGUUGUGCCACUGUCAGUGAUUCCUCGCUCCCGACGCGGUGUGCAGCGCGCGAUAUCACGGUCGUAACAUCGAGCAUCCCGACAUAGGCGACCUUAACCGUCAAAAUUUGGCCCGCGAAGUGUGCUGAUACGCCCCGGUCGGUCCGUGUCUCGAUUGAGUCGACCUGCGCGCGCGAGAGAAACGGAACGGAAGAGAUCGAGGGAACAAGGGAGAACGAAAGAGAAAGAAAGUGAGAGAUCGCGGUACAAGUGGAAGCGAGAGAGAGAGAGAGAGGGAGAGACAGCGAGCGAGUAGGUGCAAAACUACACCGCCGUAUAGGGGACGCAGUGCGAGGGUAGAGCCAGACAGUGAGAAGGAGGAAGAGGAGAGAGAAGGCACACCGAGAGAGUAGUGACAUGGCGUCGUUAGCGAUGUCAAUAGCAAAGAAUGAGUUUAUUGUGGGUGGCAAGUACAGGCUGAUGAGGAAAAUCGGCUCGGGCUCGUUCGGCGACAUUUACCUCGGCAUCAACAUCUCCAAUGGCGAGGAAGUUGCAGUAAAGUUAGAGAACAUGAGAGCUCGACAUCCUCAGCUUUUAUAUGAGUCAAAGCUGUAUAAAAUAUUACAUGGUGGUAUAGGAAUACCGCAUAUACGCUGGUAUGGCCAAGAACGUGAAUAUAAUGUUCUUGUUAUGGAUCUUCUUGGACCUUCUUUGGAAGAUCUUUUCACAUUUUGUUCAAGAAGGUUUACAAUUAAAACAGUCUUAAUGUUAGCAGAUCAGAUGAUCGGCAGGAUUGAAUAUGUUCACUGCAAACAUUUCAUUCACAGAGACAUAAAACCAGAUAAUUUUUUAAUGGGUAUUGGGCGGCAUUGUAAUAAGCUAUUCCUAAUUGAUUUUGGAUUGGCUAAGAAAUAUAGAGAUAGUCGUACAAGACUGCAUAUAAUAUACCGUGAAGAUAAAAAUUUAACUGGCACUGCAAGGUAUGCUUCUAUCAAUGCUCACCUUGGAAUUGAACAGAGCCGUCGUGAUGACAUGGAAUCACUUGGUUACGUCCUCAUGUACUUUAAUCGAGGAUCAUUGCCCUGGCAAGGUCUCAAGGCAGCAACAAAGAAGCAGAAGUAUGAAAAAAUUAGUGAGAAGAAAAUGUCUACGCCAGUGGAAGUUUUAUGCAAGGGAUUUCCCGCCGAGUUCGCAAUGUAUUUGAAUUAUACGCGAGGUUUACGCUUCGAAGAGAGCCCAGAUUAUAUGUAUUUACGUCAACUUUUCCGCAUACUUUUCCGUACAUUGAACCAUCAAUACGAUUAUACAUUCGAUUGGACGAUGUUGAAACAAAAAGUAGGGAACAGUACUCUCAGCGGUGGAGUAGCAACAGCUGGACCAGGUCCCUCUCAAGGUGCUCAAGGUGCUCAAGGGCAAGGACAAAGCCAAGGUCAGGCACCUACUCAGGCCAACGCUCAAUCAGGAGCACGCUAAGACUAUAACUCCAGAUCGUAGCAACAACCUUGAUUGCGAUCACUGAAGUGUUUUAUACGAGAGGUACCGAACUUCUUACAAAUUAUUCAUUCGAAGAAUCGUAUCAGUCAGGGGUCUAAUUUCGCAGAGAGAAAGGGGAAGAAAGAAAAAUAGUAAGAGCGAAAAAAUGAGACGGAGAGAAAGAGAAAACGAGAGAGCAUAUAGUUAUGUGAUUACAAAUAUAACAUUCUUAUAAUGCGACAUGGGAAGACGUGUAUCACGUAAUUGCAGUGUUAUACACGAGAUAUUUUGUGUAAUAUUGAUAUUCUCUCUUAGAGUUUCGGUUGAUUGAAUUCUGGAUUUGGAAUGCGAGAGAGAUUAGCUAGCCAGAAAGUGGCAUGUUCUUUAUUUUGUUACUAUAUAUUUAAUUUACCGUUAUUCAUUGAAAGGGAAAAAUAAAGAUUUUGAUGUCCUGAAAAGAUCUUUGUAAACGAAUGCACGCGGUUGACCUCUGAUACAAAUAGAUCGAGUCGAAAGUUUGCUAUAUAAUUUUCAUGGAGAGAAAGAGAGGACAUUUUCAGACCAUUCUUGUGGUAAUCCUGUAAAAUUUUAUAUCUAUACUCUACAAACGGAAACGCACGCGAUACGUGCGCGAGAAAAUACGUGAGUGUCUUGUGAAAAAGAGAGAGAGAGAGAGAGAGAGAGAGAGAGAAAGAGAGAGAGAGAGAGAGAGAGAGAGAGAGAGAGAGUAUGAGCACUAUCGUAAAGCGAACUGACAUUUUGCUUCCUAAAUUUUGUUUUGUCUUCAGUGUAUAGUGUGAGCAUACUAGCGUACGUGGAGUGUUGAGAAAAUGUUAAUAUUUUUCUUAUCAGGGUGAUAUGUCGAUAGCAUCAAAGAUACUCUACGUAUCUUUGACGCGUUCGAAUUGAAUAACUUUUUUUUACAUGUAUAAACGAUGAUGUCUCCCCGAUAUAUAUAAUAUUGACAAGUAACGUUUAAAGAUACCGUAAUGUUAAGGCAACCAUCUAAUUUUUAAGUAUCUACUACUAUCGUACUGUAUCGAGUAACGGAGCGAGUAACUCCAUGGAGAAACGAACAAAUGCUUAACGAUUCUAUCAUAAGGAUAUCCCUCGAUUUACUCUCUUUCUGUCUGUGAAUAAGUUUACUCGAUUUUAGAAAUAAAAUUGUAUCUCUAAAGGAAAAAAAAAAGAGAGAAUUUUGAUUGAUUGGUGCGAACUAGUUACAGGCUUACUUUCGCCAAGAGAGACGUGAAUGAAGAAAGAGAGACAGAAAGAAAGAGAUAGCUCGUUCAAAAAGUACUCCUGUAACUCGGUCUAGCUGAACAAUUCUUCCGUAUAUAGUUUUAAUAGCUGAGACUGUGUAGCUGUUUCACACGUGCUGUUGCUUCAACAUUGAAUUUGAUAUUUUAUGUACGCGUACGAUUUCAUAUUUCAUGAUCAAGUGUUCUUUUUGUACACGUACAUACCUACAUACACAUGCAACACACAACACUGAAAAAAAAAGUCAUUUCGACAGUCUGAAUAUACUUAUUGAUAUCGACGAUUUUAGGGAACACGUUUCUCUCUCUAUCUCGCGUUUAAGAUUUAGUUAUAUUAUUCAUCCUACCUACUAAACUUCACGUCCAUAUUCUGCGAGCAUUAGUUCCAAAAAGAAGAAGAAGUUAUAAUUACACAUCUUUAACAAGUAAUAUUAGUGCGUAAUGUGGAAGGUACUACCAGUCGUCCGGUCAGCCUUAAUACGAAUUGCGAUGUAUGAUUGCGAAAAUAAACUCGACUCCGGAAAUCUCAAAGCUUGUAUACUAUGAGGAAACGGGUCACA